CGAGUGUGAGAGGUAGGGUGUGUGUGUGUGUGUUGUGUGCGCGCGCGAGCGCGCGCCUGUGUGGCACGUUCCUGGGUGUGAGACCCAAAUCAAGACCAAGACCUUUGAUGUCCCCGCCCUCCCAGCGUCGCCGGUGAUUAAUACCCAUUUUUCUUACUCUCCCCCUCCUCCCCUGCCUUUCCUCUCCUGCUGCCGAACGCUUGACUUGCCCCCGCCUGCUUCCCCUCCCCCGGCUCCCAUCAUCACCAACUGGAAUCUGGGCUCUCCUGCCUCUCCACCCCCCCCUUUUUUUUUUGAGAAAGGAAGGUCCUCCCCCACCCCCUUUCCAGCACCACUUCCUUGGGCUCCUUCACCUCUAGGAAAUCUCGGGGCUUGGCUCUAUGGAGAAGCGCUCCCUGGGUCAGGCUGCCUCUCCAUCCCUGGCAUCCAGCGGUGCUGGCGUCCGAAUGCUUUUCCUUCAGCUCUGCAAAGAGUCGUAGUGAACUUCCCACCCCCGGAGACUGAUCCGUCCAUCCUGCCUUGCAGGAAAGGGAACCCUCAAACCUCGACACCCGCCACCCCUUUCUGGACACUGCCACCGCGGAGGCGCUCAGAGCCGGAAGGGGAUGCUUUGGGAAUGACCAUGCCCCACCGAGGGACGGAGCCGGCCCCCAGCUUCUCCACACAGAGACUCCUCUACUAAAGCUUCAAAAAUUAAAAAAAAAAACCGUAAUUGCCAGAAGACUCCUUAAAUAUAUAUAUUCGGGCCACUAACCUCACAUGCACAUGGGAUAAUGACUCUGGAUUCUGCAUUGUGAGCUGCUUCCCACACCCCGAGCUUCCUUUUUUCUUUGAAUUUGCAUCUCUUCAAGACACAAGAUUAAAAUCAAAUUUACGCUACACUGGAUUUUAAAUCUCUUCCGUUCCUUUAUCCUCCGUCUUUCUUAUGUGGAUAUGCAAGCGAGAAGAGGACCCUGGAUAUUCCCAACAUGCACUCUCCCUUAAUCUGUCCGCCUAGAGGUUUGGCUUCUACAAACCAAGAGAGUCGACAAGCUGAAGAUGAAGCCCAGCGUAGAGUGCCGUUCUCCCAAGUUCUGGCUGGUGUUGGCCGUCCUGGCCGUAUCCGGCAGCAAAGCUCGUUCUCAAAAGAGCCCCCCCAGCAUCGGCAUCGCAGUCAUCCUCGUGGGCACUUCAGACGAAGUGGCCAUAAAAGACGCCCACGAGAAAGAUGACUUCCAUCACCUCUCGGUAGUUCCCCGCGUGGAGCUGGUAGCCAUGAACGAAACUGACCCAAAGAGCAUCAUCACCCGUAUCUGCGAUCUUAUGUCCGACCGGAAGAUCCAGGGGGUGGUGUUCGCUGAUGACACUGACCAGGAAGCCAUCGCCCAGAUCCUUGAUUUCAUUUCUGCUCAGACGCUCACCCCUAUCCUGGGUAUCCAUGGGGGCUCAUCUAUGAUAAUGGCGGAUAAGGAUGAGUCCUCCAUGUUCUUCCAGUUUGGCCCAUCCAUCGAGCAGCAAGCCUCCGUCAUGCUCAACAUCAUGGAAGAAUACGACUGGUACAUCUUUUCCAUCGUCACCACCUACUUCCCCGGCUACCAGGACUUCGUGAACAAGAUUCGCAGCACUAUCGAGAACAGCUUUGUGGGCUGGGAGCUGGAAGAAGUCCUCUUGCUAGACAUGUCUCUAGACGACGGCGACUCCAAGAUCCAGAACCAGCUGAAGAAGCUCCAGAGUCCCAUCAUCCUUCUGUAUUGCACGAAGGAGGAAGCCACCUACAUAUUUGAAGUAGCUAACUCAGUCGGGCUGACCGGCUACGGCUACACAUGGAUUGUGCCUAGUCUGGUGGCAGGGGAUACAGACACGGUGCCCGUCGAGUUUCCCACUGGGCUUAUCUCUGUGUCCUAUGAUGAAUGGGACUAUGGCCUCCCUGCCAGAGUGAGAGAUGGGAUUGCCAUCAUCACCACUGCUGCCUCCGACAUGCUGUCCGAGCACAGUUUCAUCCCUGAGCCCAAAAGCAGUUGUUACAACACCCACGAGAAGAGGAUCUACCAAUCUAACAUGCUGAAUAGGUAUCUCAUCAAUGUCACUUUUGAGGGGAGAAACCUGUCCUUCAGUGAAGAUGGCUACCAGAUGCAUCCGAAGCUGGUGAUAAUCCUUCUGAACAAGGAGAGGAAGUGGGAGAGGGUGGGGAAAUGGAAAGACAAGUCCCUGCAGAUGAAAUAUUAUGUGUGGCCUCGAAUGUGUCCUGAGACCGAAGAGCAGGAGGAUGACCAUCUGAGCAUUGUGACCUUGGAGGAGGCACCAUUUGUCAUUGUGGAAAGUGUGGACCCUCUCAGUGGAACCUGCAUGAGGAACACAGUCCCCUGCCAGAAGCGCAUCAUCUCUGAGAAUAAAACAGAUGAGGAACCAGGCUACAUCAAAAAAUGCUGCAAGGGGUUCUGUAUCGAUAUCCUUAAGAAAAUUUCUAAGUCUGUGAAGUUCACCUAUGACCUCUACCUGGUGACCAAUGGCAAGCAUGGCAAGAAAAUCAAUGGGACCUGGAAUGGCAUGAUUGGUGAGGUGGUCAUGAAGAGGGCCUACAUGGCAGUGGGGUCACUAACUAUCAAUGAAGAACGAUCAGAGGUGGUCGACUUCUCUGUGCCCUUUAUAGAGACUGGCAUCAGUGUCAUGGUAUCACGCAGCAACGGGACUGUGUCACCUUCUGCCUUCUUAGAGCCAUUCAGUGCUGACGUGUGGGUGAUGAUGUUUGUGAUGCUGCUCAUUGUCUCUGCUGUGGCUGUCUUUGUCUUUGAGUACUUCAGCCCUGUGGGUUACAACAGGUGCCUAGCUGACGGCAGAGAGCCAGGCGGCCCAUCUUUCACCAUUGGCAAAGCAAUUUGGUUACUCUGGGGUCUGGUGUUCAACAACUCCGUCCCUGUGCAGAACCCGAAGGGGACCACGUCCAAGAUCAUGGUGUCAGUGUGGGCCUUCUUUGCUGUCAUUUUCCUGGCCAGCUACACUGCCAACUUGGCAGCCUUCAUGAUCCAAGAGGAGUAUGUGGACCAGGUUUCUGGCCUGAGUGACAAGAAGUUCCAGAGGCCUAAUGACUUUUCACCCCCUUUCCGCUUUGGGACUGUACCCAAUGGCAGCACAGAGAGGAAUAUCCGCAAUAACUAUGCAGAAAUGCAUGCCUACAUGGGAAAGUUCAACCAAAGGGGUGUAGAUGAUGCAUUGCUCUCCCUGAAAACAGGGAAGCUAGAUGCUUUCAUCUAUGAUGCAGCAGUGCUCAACUACAUGGCCGGAAGAGAUGAAGGCUGCAAGCUGGUGACCAUUGGCAGUGGCAAGGUCUUUGCGUCUACUGGCUAUGGCAUUGCUAUCCAGAAGGAUUCUGGGUGGAAGCGCCAGGUGGACCUCGCUAUUCUGCAGCUAUUUGGAGAUGGGGAGAUGGAAGAACUUGAAGCCCUCUGGCUCACUGGCAUUUGCCACAAUGAGAAGAAUGAGGUUAUGAGCAGUCAGCUGGACAUCGACAACAUGGCAGGCGUCUUCUAUAUGUUGGGGGCAGCCAUGGCUCUCAGCCUCAUCACCUUCAUCUGUGAACAUCUGUUCUAUUGGCAGUUCCGACAUUGUUUCAUGGGUGUCUGUUCUGGCAAGCCUGGCAUGGUCUUCUCCAUCAGCAGAGGUAUCUACAGCUGCAUCCACGGAGUAGCGAUAGAAGAGCGCCAAUCCGUGAUGAACUCCCCGACCGCUACCAUGAACAACACACACUCCAACAUCCUACGCUUGCUCCGCACAGCCAAGAAUAUGGCCAACCUGUCUGGAGUAAAUGGCUCCCCUCAGAGCGCCCUGGACUUUAUCCGGCGAGAGUCCUCCGUCUAUGACAUCUCCGAGCACCGCCGCAGCUUCACACAUUCAGAUUGCAAGUCUUACAACAACCCACCCUGUGAGGAAAACCUGUUCAGUGACUACAUUAGUGAGGUAGAGCGGACAUUUGGCAACCUACAGCUGAAGGACAGCAACGUGUACCAAGACCACUAUCACCAUCACCACCGGCCACACAGCAUUGGUAGCACCAGCUCCAUUGAUGGGCUCUACGACUGUGACAACCCACCCUUUACCACCCAGCCCAGGUCAAUCAGCAAGAAGCCCCUGGACAUAGGCCUGCCGUCCUCCAAACACAGCCAGCUCAGUGACCUAUAUGGCAAGUUCUCCUUCAAGAGCGACCGCUACAGUGGCCAUGAUGACCUGAUUCGAUCGGAUGUCUCAGACAUUUCCACGCACACUGUCACCUACGGAAACAUUGAGGGCAACGCAGCCAAGAGGAGGAAACAGCAGUAUAAGGACAGUCUGAAGAAGCGGCCAGCUUCGGCCAAGUCUAGGAGGGAGUUUGACGAAAUCGAGCUGGCCUACCGUCGCCGACCACCCCGCUCCCCCGACCACAAACGCUACUUCAGGGACAAAGAAGGACUCCGAGACUUCUACCUGGACCAGUUCCGAACAAAGGAGAACUCGCCUCACUGGGAGCAUGUGGACCUGACCGACAUUUACAAAGAACGCAGUGAUGACUUCAAGCGAGAUUCGGUCAGUGGAGGUGGGCCCUGUACCAACAGGUCUCACCUCAAACACGGCUCAGGCGAUAAGCACGGCGUGGUAGGUGGGGUGCCAGCUCCUUGGGAGAAGAAUCUGACCAAUGUAGAUUGGGAGGACCGGUCCGGGGGCAACUUCUGCCGCAGCUGUCCCUCCAAGCUGCACAAUUACUCCUCCACGGUGGCAGGGCAGAACUCGGGCCGGCAGGCCUGCAUCAGGUGUGAGGCCUGCAAGAAGGCUGGGAACCUGUAUGACAUCAGCGAGGACAACUCCCUGCAGGAACUGGACCAGCCAGCCGCCCCUGUGGCCGUGACAUCCAACGCCUCCGCCACCAAGUACCCUCAAAGCCCGACUAAUUCCAAGGCCCAGAAGAAGAAUCGGAACAAACUACGCCGGCAGCACUCCUACGACACCUUCGUGGACCUGCAGAAGGAGGAGGCCGCCUUGGCCCCACGCAGCGUGAGUCUGAAAGACAAGGGCCGAUUCCUCGAUGGGAGCCCCUACGCCCACAUGUUUGAGAUGCCAGCUGGUGAGAGUUCCUUUGCCAACAACAAGUCCUCAGUGCCCACUGCCGGACACCACCACAACAACCCUGGCGGCGGCUACAUGCUCAGCAAGUCGCUCUACCCUGACCGGGUCACGCAAAACCCUUUCAUCCCCACUUUUGGGGAUGACCAGUGCUUGCUUCACGGCAGCAAAUCCUACUUCUUCAGGCAGCCCACGGUGGCAGGGGCAUCGAAAACAAGGCCGGACUUCCGGGCCCUUGUCACCAAUAAGCCAGUGGUGUCGGCCCUUCAUGGGGCUGUGCCUGGUCGUUUCCAGAAGGACAUUUGUAUAGGGAACCAGUCCAACCCCUGUGUGCCUAACAACAAAAACCCCAGGGCUUUCAAUGGCUCCAGCAAUGGACAUGUUUAUGAGAAACUUUCUAGUAUUGAGUCUGAUGUCUGAGUGAGGGUAGAGAGAGAGAGAGAGAGAGGUUAAGGUGGGUACGGGAGGGCUAGGGCUGUGGGCCGCGUGGUGCGCAUGUCCUGGAAAGAGUUGGGGGUGAACUUGGCUCCCAUUUGCUUUUUCUUGUUCUUUUCGUUUCUCUGUGGGAUCCCGGAGUUCUGGUUCCUACUGAAGGCAACCCUCGUGGCCAGCACCAUUUCUCCUCCCUCGAGCAGUUCUCUUCUCCCUACUUCUGUCCAGCAUCCCUGUUCCCUUGAGAGGACAGAACGGGCCUCAGUGUGUGGGAGGACGGAGAGGAGGCAGGUAGUGUUCGCUGCCUGCGUGCUUCUUCCUAGUGAAGAGGCGCUGUGAGGGAGUCUUUCCUGAAACUGCUCUUUGUUCAGGCGAGGAAGUGAAGGCGGCCCAAGGAGGGCCAUUUGGCCUCCUGCUCGUCAGAGAGAAGAGGCUGUUUGCUGAAUUCUUGCUGCGUGGCUGGCAGCUGCCCAGGGACCCUGUAAACAAGCAGAAGGCAGGAAGUUAUUCUGUGCUUAUAUAUAAGCCAAAUGCAGAGUUUGCGUCAGUUCCAUAAAACUCUUGGGUGGUGAACCUACGGGGAAGGCCAUGGGCAGAUGAGGGCUUCCUGAGAAAAUAAUUGGAGAGCUGACUGCCAUCGUGUCCGGCCGCGCAUUGGAGGCAGAGUAGGGAAUGGUGUGUGCACAUCUGUCCAUGCACAAUGUAGUCAAGGGCCUCUGAAUACAGAGAAAGGGACCUCUUCCCAUCCCUUCCUUCACCAUGCCUAGUAAUAUGUAUGCUUAUUUUGGCUUAUAUAUAAACCGGUGUCACAGGUUGGGCUAUCCCUCCCUUUUCCCUUCUUGAGAAAGGAUGGAGGUUCUUGACAAAGAAGAUUCUGCACUGUAGGAAAAAAAAUGACAAAAGAAAAUGAAAGUAAGUAAGACAACCAACCCUACAAAUUAGUUUGUCAGUGUUGCCUAGCGUUUCUAUCAGCGCAGGCAGAGAACUGUCCAGAAGGGCUUAAGGGAAAUCAAGGCAACCAUGAAUCUUUUAUCCAAACUCAGAGUAAAAGGUUCUAGAAAAGUCUCUUAAGGCAUUUAGCCCCUUGACUGGCCAAAGUUUCAGGAAAAACUCUCCACAGAAGGAUUUGAAGAAGAGAAUCAUUUUCAGUAGGGUAGGUGAGACAGGGGGAUGUGUUCAAUGCUUUGAUCCCUUCUUACUUAACCCAGAGCUGAAAGAGUAGGCGAAUUCCCCCAGAACUGGUGAUAAGUGACAUCAGACAGAGGGAGGAGAGAGAUGAGCUUGCCCUCCAGGCUAAAACUCUAGAAGCCAGAGAGAAUGGAAGACAUUUGGAAUAUGACUUGAACUAAUGUGAACAUUCUUGAUAGAACCCUUCCUCUUCUGCAACUCCCAGUUCCCUCAUAGACUGUACCACUCUACAGUGAACGUGUGUGAGUGUGUGUGUAUGAGAGAGAGAGAGAGAGAGAGAGAGAGAGAGAGAGAGAGAGAGAGAGAGAGAGUGAGUGACUUCAGGGAUGGGGUGCUGGUAGGUGUGAUUCCCCUCACUUAAAGUUGGAGAUUAAGAAGGGAAAUUAAUAUUUGUGUCACCAUCUCUCCUGAAACUUGGGGUAGGGGUGUUCUAUAGGUCAGUUCCACUGUCCUGCCACCCCCUCACACAGGGUGGUAUCCAAAGAACCCUGGGUCUGUUUGGAAGCUUGACCGCAGGAUCGCCUUGUGGCACACAGGACACAUAAACCAGAAAGGUGCUCACCCUCUGGAACGAAGCUGCCAUGUCUCUUCACGUCACACCCUCCAGGGCUGCUUUCUGCCUUCCUGGCCGCCCUGCCUCACGACCUCCCCUCAUCUCCCAUCCUUGACUGCUGUCUCCCACCCUCCUCCUUGAUUUUUUACCUCAGUACCUUUCAUUUAAAAGCCAACUGAAGGCCUUGUUUUCUUUCUAAGAUGAACGUGGGGGCAAGGGGCUGAACCUCUCAACAGUCUGGAGAGAGGAACGUGGAGUGCGUUACUUUAGGAUCCAGGAAAGACUCUGAGAGAGGACAGAGGGUGUGAGGCAUCUCCUGGAGGAAGGAGAAGGGUCAUAGGAAAACUGCUUCACUCUGGCUCUGCCCAAGGGCCAGGGACUCAUCCCCCACUCUUCCUCUUACCUCACCCCUUUAAAAUUAAAAAAAGAAAAAAAAAACCAAACCAA